UAGUGUGAGAAAAGUGUACUAAAAAUACCCAGACGAAGAAUGAGGCAGAUUAACAUUUGAAACGCGGCAGCACAUGUGACGUGUAAGAUAAUGUACUUGUAUCCUAGGCAACAGGCGGGGUCCGAGAUCAGCCAAUGAGGUUUCGAGACGUGUCAGCUACGAGGGCGGGAUGUACACUACAGCAGUACACGGCGUGUAAGCCGGCAGAAGGUUUUCUGGUAUCGUCGUGGUUGCAGUAAGUUUGGUAUUGCGCUAGAAAUAAUAUCGAAUCGAGUGCUGUUUUAAUAAUGGAGAUCAAUUCAUCGCCAAAUUUCGAGAGGAAAUUUCAUAUCAAGAGAACUUUCAGGAAUAACAAAAAAGUGGACCGGAAGGAGGAAGUGGCCGUGAUUCGCUCCAAGUUCCCCAACAAGGUCCCGGUCAUUGUGCACAGAUUCUAUAAGGAGACGAAUCUGCCCCAACUGGAUAAAAGCAAGUUCCUGGUUCCCCAGGAAAUCACCAUGUCGCAGUUCGUGACCAUCAUCAGGAACCGCAUGCAGCUGGGUUCAACACAAGCAUUCUACCUCCUCGUGAACAACCGUUCAAUACUGAGCUUGUCCAAAACGAUGGCAGAAGUGUACAGCGAACACCAGGAUGACGACGGAUUCCUUCACGUCACGUAUGCGUCUCAGGAAGUGUUUGGCUCUGGGGACUCUGGGACAGCAGGGCCCUAGAACUGCUGUGGCUGUAUCAGCAGCUGGAUUGUUGCCAAGAGGUGUGCAGUUCCUCAUACAAAUAUUCCGUGAAGCCUCGGUGACUGACGCAGUGUGGCUGUUUUUCCAGUUGUUGCCAGAGUGAGCCACAGUGUGGGCCAGGAGGACUGGAACUGCUUCGUGGAAUUGCCACAUGAACAGUGCAAAAUGUGUUUUAUAAUAAAAUCAUUAAACAGUGGGGGUGGAGCAGAAUGAAUUUGUGUGUGGUGGGGGUCAGACAGACUUGCAGGAUGUGAUGUUUCGUCUGGCUACCAUCUGAGAUAUGAAGUUACUGAACCAUCAUCAUAUUAAGUCUUAUUGAAGACAGUGUUCGUACAAGAGUGUGAAGUUUAAAUUACAGUUUAAAGUAAGAAUUUUGUCUAACAAAUUACAGGCUUACUAGUAAUUUCAUGGUUGAAAUCAGUUAUUAAACUUUUAUUAUUAUCAUUAUUAUUAAGAUAAGUCUAUUCUAAGUACCAUACAGAUUAUUCUUUGGAAGGGAACUUGAUCUUUAUUGUCUUUAAUUUUAAUUUUGGCCUCUGAAUCAUGAUAUUAAAAUACUAGUACCAGAUCAGUCACAGUUAGAAAACUGUAGUGUGAUGCUUAUAAAGGUUCAAAUCAUAUUUAGGCCUUAUAGUGCUGGAACAGGUUAUAUUGAUGGGGUAAACGCUCUGUAUUUGACAUAUCUGCCUUGCUGAAUUGCUGUGGUAACUAUCCCAUCACGGCAGAUGAAGAAAUCAACAGUGCCAACUGUGGUGGGAAAUAUUUAAAGAUUUUUGUAAAAGUAGUACUUUUGAAUGUCUGCUGAGAUAACGCUUUAAAUGGCUUGAUGUGGUCCACAGGAUUACCAUUUGAUUUCUGACUCUCUUGCCAAGAUCAAGAACGUACGGUGUUUAACCUGCCCAACUAUUCAUAAAGUCCUUGGAGAAUGGCACUGAAAGCUUGUAACAAUUUUCUGAACAUAACUACACACACAGUCAGAAAUUUUUAACUUGUUUCUGUUGAAAUUGAUGUUGGUACAGUAACUCUUGUGGUCAGUGGUCAAGCAGUGGUGCUUCAGUAUGUAUGUGGUCGAGCUUGUGUUGCACAUUGGCUUUGGACAUGGCUUUGAAGAAUACCGGUGCUAAUGAUUGGUUUGUCAUAAAUUCUGAACUUGGUUCAUAUUUAUUUUGUAUGAAACAGAAUAUAAUUCUGAGUCUCACUUCAAACACUACGCCUGCAGAAAUGGAAAUAAAACGUAUUUCUGUAUCUGAAUAUUUCUAGUUGGAAAAUAAGAAAAUUAAAUAAUUCUUAGGUGUGCAUAAAUAUGUACUGGAGUUAACUGGCCAAUUUUGAUAUGCUUCUGUUCUUUUGGAAAUAAGUGGCAGUAACUCUUGAGGUAAUACAAAGUUGGAGCAAUGUUUGGUUGAUUUACUGUGAGAGUUUAUGAAAUUGAGCUCUCUCCUUUGAAUAUUAUAUAACAUGUAUAAAGAUGUCUUGUUUAAAUGUUAAUUCAGAUAUCACAUAUGAUACCAAAGUGGGUUUUAUGAUAUAAAUUUCAAUGUUUUAUUAUGCAAGACUGAUUUUUUUUACAUUAAAACAAUUUGAAAGAUUA